CUCACAAGGAGAGCCGAUGGAACAGGUGAAUCCCCACUGGGGCUCCACUACCUGCGCUCCCCCGCGCUGUUGGAAGUACGGACGCGUCGUGUCAUGAGCGAGUGUGAAGCGUGAGCCUCCGAGUCCUCGCGAGCCGCCCGCGAGCACCACGAGGAGCCGGAUCUCGGCGCUCGCGACGCGACCUUCUUCAGUCCGCCGUUGCUAUGCCAUGGCUCUGUCAGAGCUCUACACCAAGUACAACAGAGUGUGGAUUCCAGAUGCGGAGCAUGUGUGGAAGUCUGCGGAGAUCCUGAAGGACUACACCAGUGGCAGCAACUACCUGGAAGUUCAGCUUGAAGAUGGAACUGAGCUAAAGUAUGCUCUGGACACAGCAAACGGUCAGCUGCCCCCUCUGCGGAACCCUGACAUCCUGGUGGGAGAGAAUGACCUCACUGCCCUCAGUUACCUCCAUGAGCCCGCCGUUCUCCAUAACCUCAAAGUUCGCUUUGUGGAGUCCCGAAUCAUUUAUACUUACUGUGGCAUUAUCCUGGUGGCCAUUAACCCCUAUAAACAGUUGCCCCUCUAUGGAGAUGCCAUUAUUCAUGCCUACUCAGGGCAAAACAUGGGAGACAUGGAUCCCCAUAUAUUUGCAGUGGCAGAGGAGGCUUACAAACAGAUGGCCAGAAAGAACAAGAAUCAGUCCAUUAUUGUGAGUGGAGAGUCUGGGGCAGGAAAAACAGUUUCUGCUCGCUACACCAUGAGAUACUUUGCCACAGUCAGCAAAUCUGGCAGCAAAGCACAUGUAGAAGACAAGGUUCUGGCAUCAAACCCCAUAACAGAAGCUAUUGGUAAUGCAAAAACUACAAGAAACGACAACAGCAGCCGUUUUGGGAAGUAUACUGAGAUCAGUUUUGAUAAAAGCUAUCAGAUCAUUGGUGCAAAUAUGAGAACAUACCUUCUGGAAAAAUCCAGAGUGGUGUUCCAGUCAGAAAAUGAGAGAAACUAUCACAUAUUCUAUCAGCUGUGCUCUUCUGUGGAUGAUCCAGAGUUCAAGAACCUGAGACUGCUGACUGCAGACAAGUUUGUGUACACCAGCAUGGGUGGCAGGACAGACAUCGACAGCGUGGAUGACAAAGCAGAUAUGAUGGAAACACGGCGCACUUUCUCUCUGCUGGGGCUAAAGGAGGACUUUCAAAUAGACGUGUUCAGGGUGCUGGCUGGAAUUCUACAUUUAGGAAAUAUAGAAAUCAGAGCUGCUGGAACUGAAAAGUCAUCUAUCAGUAGCAGUGACUACCAUCUUGGAGUAUUCUGUGAGCUGCUGGAUGUCAGCGCAGAGGAUGUGAGCCGGUGGUUAUGCCAGCGGCGCAUUGUGCUAGUGGCAGAAACAGUGGUGAAGCCUGUGCCCCAAAAGCGUGCCAUCAAUGCUCGUGACGCUCUUGCUAAACACAUCUAUGCCCAUCUGUUUGACUACAUCAUCCAUAAGAUCAAUACUGUGCUGCAGUUCCCCGGCAAGCAGCAUACCUUCAUCGGAGUGCUUGAUAUAUAUGGAUUUGAAACAUUUGAAGUCAACAGCUUCGAGCAGUUUUGUAUAAACUAUGCAAAUGAGAAACUGCAGCAACAGUUUAACCUGCACGUUUUCAAGCUAGAACAAGAGGAAUACAUGAAAGAGGACAUACCGUGGACACUGAUUGAUUUUUAUGACAACCAACCUGUCAUUGAUCUCAUUGAAGCCAAGAUGGGGAUACUGGAUUUACUGGAUGAAGAGUGCUUAUUCCCACAGGGCACUGACCAGAACUGGCUCCAGAAGCUCUACAACAACUACCUGGACAAGAAUGCCCUUUUUGAAAAGCCUAGGAUGUCAAACCAGGCCUUUUUGAUCCAGCACUUUGCCGAUAAGGUGGAAUAUCAGUGUAAGGGUUUUCUGGAGAAGAACCGAGAUAUAUUACCCGAAGAGCUGGUUGAAAUCAUGAGAGUGAGCAAGUUUCAUCUCCUCUCAGACUUUUUCCAAGAAGAAGAGUUGGGCCUAACCUUGAACAGAGGAAUCAAAGUGAGGCCUGCCAGGCCAAGUGUGAAACCUGCCAAUAAACAGUUGAGAACAACAGUGGGGAACAAGUUUCGCAGCUCCCUAUACCUCCUGAUGGAAACCCUGAAUGCCACCACACCUCACUAUGUGCGCUGCAUUAAACCCAAUGAUGAAAAGUUGCCCUUUGAGUAUGACUCAAAGCGAGUGGUACAGCAGUUGAGAGCCUGUGGGGUGUUAGAGACAAUUCAUAUCAGUGCUCAGAGCUACCCCUCAAGAUGGACCUACAUUGAAUUUUACAGUCGCUACAGCAUACUGAUGAGCCAGGCUGAGCUUGGUCUAAAUGAUAAAAAACAGACAUGUAAAACAGUCCUGCAAAGGUUGAUCCAAGACUCUAACCAGUACAAGUUUGGCCGGACCAAAAUUUUCUUUCGCGCGGGCCAGGUGGCCUAUCUAGAGAAGCUACGGUCUGAUCGCCUAAGGGGGGCCUGCAUCACCAUCCAGAAGCACGUGCGAGGCUGGAGCCAGCACCGGAAGUUCCUCCAAAUGCGGGCUGCAGCCAUCAUCAUCCAGCAAUAUGUUCGCGGAAGCAGAACAAUACGACAAACUGUAACUGCUGAGAACCUGAAAAGGGCAUGGGCAGCAGUUGUCAUCCAGAGGUAUGUCCGAGGCCACUUGGUGCGGCAGGUGUACCAACUGGUCAAAGUGGCUACUGUGACCAUUCAGUCUCACACAAGAGGAUGGCUGGCCCGGAAACGUUUCAGACAGAUGGUGGCCGAUCAUAAGGCUGUGGUUCUGCAGAAGUAUGCAAGAGCCUGGCUGGCCCGACGCCGCUUCCAGAACAUCCGACGACUUGUUUUGAAUGUACAGUUAUCUUACAGAGUUCAGCAGCUGAAGAAAAAGCUGGAAGAACAGAGCAGAGAGAACCAUGGCUUGCUGGAGAGGCUGACUGCCAUGUCUAAUGCUCGCGUUCAAGAUAUGGACAAGCUUCAGAAGCUGGAAGCAGAGCUCAGCAAGUUGGCUAAUGAGAAAAUAUCCUUGGAGCAACAACAGAAAAUGAACAAAGAGAGCACCGACCAGGUGAUUAUUCAGCUUCAAGCUCAGAAUAACAUGUUUGCCCGAGAGAAGGAAGAGUUGGAGCAGAAACUUGCAGAUUCAGUUCAACAAAUAAAAGACAGCACUGAAGAGCUGAAGAGUAGGUUUCAAGAAGAACUGGAAAGGGAAGGAAGACAAAGAAAGAUUGUGGAAAACAACAUUGCAAUUCAGAAGAAGGACCAUGAGAAAGAGAUUGAAGCUUUGAAUGUGGAGAGCAGAAAACUGAGGGAGGAGAAUGUUAGCUUUCAGAAACAGAUUGAAGAACAGGGUGAGGUCACCCAAGACUUACAGGAACAAGUCUUGAAGCUCACAAAGCAUGUCAAAAUAAUACCAGAACUGCGGAAAGAAAUCAAUACUCUUAAAACACAGAAAGAUCACUUGGACCGAAAGCUAAGGGAGCAACAGCGGGAAGCAGGAGAGAAAAUUACAGAGGUCACCAAACAACUUCUAGGUGAUAUAAAUGACACAGAGAUUUUGUCCAGGUUAGCUUCAGAUGAUAUUCAGCAGAUCAGUGAAGAUGGAGACCUUCUGUUUGCUUAUGAAGGAUUAAAGAAAGCUACUAGAGCGAUUGAGACACAUUAUCAGACCCAGAGAGAGAACUUUGAGAGAGAGGUUCAGAGCCUGAAGUUCCAGAUUGAGCACAUCCAGAAUGAGAACAGUCAGUUGCAGAAGCUCUUCCAGGAAGAGAAUGAUGUCAAUGAUGCCAUUCGCCAGGAGGUGGCAAGACUAACCACUGAGAACAUGCUAAUACCACAGUUUAAGCAACAGGUGUCAGAGCUACAGAGACAGAAGCAUGAGCUAGAGGUUCAAAUAGCAGAACAGGCCUGUGCGAUGGAAGUGAAGAUGGAGGAGGUUUCAAACAAUCUUCACAGCAGUCGUCAGGAGGAAAGCGCUCAACGCAGGUUAUUGGAGAUGCAAAAGGCAGAACAUGCAAAGGAAAAGGAGGAGUUGGAGAGGAGGUUAGAAGAGAAAGAAGAAGAAACUCUUCAGCUGAAGAAACAAAACCAGAUGGAAAGCGAGGCCAAGAACCGCUUGAGGCAGGAGGUUUCACGACUUGUCACAGACAACAUGGAAUUUGAGGAGCAACUUGAUGUAAAGGAUAGGCUAAUAAAGAAACUGGAAAAUCAAAUCAAGAGUCUUCUAGCAUCGGAAAUCGCCAGUCAAACUCCAGCCCCAGCUAUUCCCAAGGAAUACCUUGGAAUGUUGGAAUACAGAAAAGAGGAUGAAUCCCAGCUAAUUCAGAACAUCAUCCUUGGUCUGAAGCCACGGGGGGUAGUGGUGAACAUGAUCCCCGGGCUGAUAGCCCACAUCCUUUUCAUGUGCAUUCGUCAUGCCGACUACAUUAAUGAUGAAGGCAAGAUCAAGUCUCUCAUGAGGGCCAUCAUUGACAGCAUCAAAAAGGUGGUGAAGACCCAUCAGGAAGAUUUUGACAUGCUGUCCUUCUGGCUCUCCAACACUUACCAGAUGCUCAAUUGUUUGAAGCAGUACAGCGGAGAGGAGGAUUUCAUGAAGUACAAUACACCACGCCAGAACAAGAACUGUUUGCAAAACUUUGACCUGUCAGAGUAUAGACAAAUCAUCAGUGAUGUUGCCAUCCACAUUUACCACCAGUUUGUCACCAUCAUGGAGAAAGCCCUCAUGCCCCUGAUAGUGCCUGGCAUGCUCGAGCACGAGAGCCUCCAGGGUAUCUCCAGCAUGAAACCCACUGGCUUCCGCAAGCGCUCUACCAGCAUUUAUGAAGACACUGAGGCUUGCACCAUUUCUUCCAUCCUGCAGCAACUCAGCCACUUCCACAGCACCAUGAUGCAGCACGGCAUGGACAUCGGGCUCAUCAAACAGGCCGUGAAGCAGCAGUUUUUCCUGGUGGGAGCAGCCUCUCUCAAUGGCAUCCUGCUUCGUAAGGACAUGUGCUCCUGCCGAAAGGGCAUGCAGAUAAGGUGUAACAUUAGCUACUUGGAAGAGUGGCUCAAGGAGAAAGACUUGCAGAGCUCCAGUGCAAUUGACACGAUGGAGCCCCUCUCUCAGGCUGCCUGGCUCCUACAGGUUAAUAAAUCCACUGAUGAGGAUGCCCAGCAAAUCGCUAAGAUGUGUACUGAACUCUCUCCUGUGCAGGUAACUGGCAUGACAAGGGCAAAUGCUGCCUCCUACCCAUCAACUGGUGGAUUUCAGAUUGUUAAAAUUCUGAACUCAUACACACCCAUAGAUGAUUUUGAGAAAAGAGUGUCCCCAUCUUUCGUUCGCAAGGUUCAGUCUUUACUGCAGGACCGUGUUGGAUCUGGAGCCGGUUCAGCUCAGCUGAUGCUAGACACACAGUAUCGCUACCAGGUCAUCUUCCCCUUUGUCCCAUCCCCUCAGGCUCUGGAACUUAUUCAGGUCCCCAGCAGUCUAAAACUAAACUUUCUCACUAGGAUCUAAUCGUCAUCUGUUAAUGAUGGUCUUAUUUUAAGCUCAGCUUCAAACGGUUUAUCCAUUUUUCUGAUAUAUGAAGCAAAUGGAUUAAAAGCAGGUAAUUUUUUUCUAAGAAAUCAGAUUUA